ACGCUGCUGCUCCGGGCAAGUCUGGGUACCAUUCGGGCAGGUUAUUCUCCCGUGAGAUAACUACCGACACUGCGCAUCGAGGGUUCGACCCAACCGAACCUCCCGUCUACACAAAGUCUCCCGCAUCCCCAGCACGAACAUAUUCAAUAUGCGCACUUACCUUGUCGUUGGCGCGAGCAGAGGCAUCGGCCUUGCCCUCGUCGUCGAACUGCUAAAGGACCCGACUAUCCUCGUACUCGCCACUGCACGCGCCCCCAACAGAGCACCGGGCCUGCAAGCCCUGUCGUCCUCGCGUCUCUCCAUUCUCGAACUCGACGUCACCGACGCCACAAGCGUCGAGCGCGCCGCGUCUGCCGCAGCGGCGCUCCUCCCUGCGGGCAGCGGGCUGGACUGUCUGAUCUACAACGCGGCGGUGUUGCUACAAGAGGUCACACCGUUCGAACAAGUGGACCUCGCCGUCUUCCAACAAGAGCUCCUCACCAACACCGUCGCGCCCCUCCACGUCGUGCGCGCCUUCCUGCCCCUCCUCCGCCUCCCGCAUCCGCCCUCCUCUACCUCCUCCAGCCUCUCCUCGGACAUCUCGCAUCGCCAGUCAACAAAGAUCGUCUUCGUUUCGUCCGACCUCGGCUCGCUCGAGGUGGCUCCCACGAAGGCAGGCCUAUGCGAGACGUACUCCGUGUGCAAGGCCGGGCUGGGCAUGCUGGCGCGCAAGUGGGGCACGACGCUCAAAGAAGAGGGCAUCUGCACCCUGAUUCUGCACCCAGGCUGGGUCGACACUGACAUGGGCAACAGCAUCAACAUAUGGAUGUCCGAACACAGGCCCGGGCUCUCCAAGAUCAGCGCCACCGAAAGCGCCGCGCGGUGUUUGAGAGUGAUCGAGGACGCGAGGAUCGAGGAUGCUGUAGCGUUCUAUGCGUACGACGGCUCGCGGGUGCCUUGGUGACCGCUGCUGCGAUAGCACGCAUGCUAACUCUCGCCGACGCAAUUUAAUGAUUUGCAAUAUAUGUAUCAGG